AUGGGCAUGAACUCGAUCAAGAUUCUCACGGGCAACAGCCACCCGGAACUGGGAGCACUCGUAUCGGCCAGGCUCGGCGUGCCUCUUACGGAAUGUGUCUGCCGCAAAUUUGCAGACCAGUCGAUUGACGUCCGUAUUGGCUCGUCCGUGCGUGACCAGGACGUAUUUGUGAUCCAGUCGGGUCACUCGCCGUACAUUGACCCGAACGACUCGCUGAUGGAACUGCUGAUUAUCCUCUCGGCAUGCAAAACGGCGUCAGCACGCCGUAUCACAGCGGUGAUUCCUUCGUUCCCGUACUCGCGCCAGAACAAGAAAGACAAGAGCCGCGUCCCUAUUACAGCGAAGAUGAUUGCGAAUAUAAUCACAGUGGCGGGUGCUGAGCACGUUAUCACGGUCGACUUGCACGCCAGCCAAAUCCAGGGCUUCUUCGAUAUUCCAGUCGACAACCUUACGUGCGAGCCAAGCAUUGCGCGUUGGAUCCGCCACAAGGUCGACGACUGGCGCGAUGCUAUUAUCGUAUCGCCUGAUGCGGGUGGCGCAAAGCGUGCUACGUCCCUUGCUGAUGCUCUGGGCAUUGAUUUUGCGCUGAUCAACCGCAGCCGCCAUCUCCAACGUGGUCGCCAACGCGCGAACACCGGAGAGUCGCAAGACAUGGCGUCCAGUUUGGCACACUCUCAGUUCAGCGAGGUUGCGAAUGGUGUGCACUCGCUCAGUGAGAGUGGUGAGUGGUUUAUCACCGAGGAAGGCGGUCGUCGUCUGCGCGCCGGUGGUAUCCGCAAGGGCCCGAAGGUGAGCGAAGACACGAACGUAUCGGAAGAUGAGAACGAUUCGACGAUGGAGCUCCUAGUCGGAAAUGUGGCCGGCAAGACUGCCAUUCUCGUUGACGACAUGAUUGAUACAAAGAGAACGCUGGCUCUUGCAUACAAGACGCUGGAGGCGGCAGGCGCGAAGCGUGUAUUUGCUGUGGCUACGCAUGGUGUGCUUUCGGGCCAUGCUAUGAAGCUGCUGAGCCAUCUCUCGAUUGAGAAGCUUGUGGUGACCAACACCAUUGCCAACCAGGAAAAGGCGCGCGAUAGCAAAGGCAAGGUCGAGGUGCUCGACAUGUCGGCUGUGAUUGGUGAAACGAUUCGCCGCUCGCACCAUGGUGAGAGUAUCUCUACCAUGUUCCGCCAGGAUGCGGAAAUGAUGUUUUAA